AUGAUUGGUCUGCCGAUGCGCCCUACAGCCUCGUUGCCGUCGUCCUUUUUGAUCUCCCGAACACGUUGGGUUCGGGUACCUUUCCCGCCUCAUCGACUGGCUCACACCAUGACACACAACCAAGCAAACCAAGCAAUUGAAGAACAAAGUCUGCCAUUUUAUCACCGAAAGCAAUGUUAUCCAGUCGAAAUUGGCCAUGUAACUCACAAUCGAUAUCGGAUAAUCGCAAAAAUUGGUUAUGGUGCUUACUCCACUGUUUGGCUUCCAUGUGAUCACAGAGUGAAUGAGUAUGUUUUGCUGAAGGUCUCUGUGCAGGCUGACCACAGUCAUGCCGGAAAUUCUCCCGUGCUCAACGAAAUCAACAUGCUCAGGCGUUUGGAGCAGUUUGCCAAAGAGGACCACCCUGGGCUUGACUUCACAAGACAGGCAUGUGACAUAUUCGAAACUGAAAGUGUUGGUGGGGCUCAUCACUGCAUUGCAUUUAAAGCCCAAGGUAACAGUGUCCGCAAAUUGCAGGAAAUAUUUCCUGAUGCCAAAUUCCCCAAACUUCUUGUUAAAUCUUUAAUACAUCGCCUAUUCUUCUCUGUGAACUGGUUAUAUGCAACCUGUGGUGCUACUCAUACUGAUAUCUCACCCCAGAGUGUUUCGAUGGGAAUUGAAGAUAGCAUGAGCCUCAAAUAUGUUGAGGAUCAAGAAACGCGGUGCCCUAGUUCUCCAAUCCUAUCUCCAGUCAACAGUUCUACAACAGUUCUCUACCGAUCUAGACCUACAAUUUUGGAAGUCUCUGGUCACCCUAUUCUCGCAGAUUUUGGUCAAAUGCGAUUAGUCGAAGGGUGUGUCAAUCGAGACUGA